ACACAUUCUCAUCUGUCCUCUUUUCUCUUUGUGCAUUUGCUUAUCCUGUCAUGCAGUGACCUUCUCCCUCUGUUGUCCAUUCUUCUCCCAGCCUGUUUUUUCCACUUUUCUUCGCUCCUUUGCCUCUGCUUCUGCAGAUGUGGAUGAUGUCAGCCUGAGGGUUAAACAUUAGGUCUGUCACACGACUGAGAACUCCGACUGGAGACGAGGACAAACAGGAGGGAGGGAAGCCGCGCUGCUGGUUUGGUCGUUUGGAUCGAACAGAUGGAGUCGUUCUCAGGAGACAAUGAAGAAGGCACAGAGGACGUCACAAAACGUAAAAGCUCCAAAAUCAAGUCUCUGAAAAGCCGUUUCUUCAGGAGGGCUAAGAAGAAGGGUGCAGAGGCAGAUGCCAAGCUCAGCCAGUCAGCUAGUGAUAUAACCGCUGGAAAAGGACUUGGUUCAGAUGAAAAUUUAGCUUCUCAGGGUACAAUGGGCUCACGAGCAUUUUCCCACGAAAGCAUCUUUCUGGAUGAUCAGGUCCUUUCGGACCCGGAUCCAGUCAGGGUUUCAUCUCAGGAGAAUGUUCACAGCAAAAUCAAAUCUCUGCAGAUGAAGCUCCAGCUGCAGAAGAUGCAUUUUGGGCCACCGCCAAUGGUUCUGCCAAUCAGGAGUCCAGAGGAAAUGACUCAGCAGUCGGAGGACUUUACUUUCCACGACUCUAAUGAAAGCUCAGGAGAGGGAACCCUCACAAAGUCAACAUCUCAGCCAACUUCUCCUCCAGUCUCGCCCAUCUCAAAAUUGGCUCAAACAAUAUCACCGUCCCAAAUGCCUUCCCAUCACUUUUCUGUAUCUGGACCCAACUAUUCAUCACCAGCUACAGCUGAGACUCCGGUAGACUUCAGCACACCAGCCGAAUUCACCGCCUCCCUAGAUACAUCUGCUUUACGCCACAGGAUGUCGAUCAAACCUAGAAACCAGAGAGCCAGUUCAAAGAGAAAACCAUCUUCUGGGAUUGAAUCUGGGUCUCCUUUACGGGACCUGAAAGUCCGUGACCGAUUUGAGCGUGUUCAAGAACAAGAGAAGGCGGUUGUUGCUCAAGAGGGACAAACAGAGGAGACAGACAAAGGACAGGCCAAUCUUUCCCAGCUUUCUCCACUAACAUUUGAAGAAUUGUCACCAGUUUCAUCUGAGGUUACGUCCAAAUUACCCAGUCAGAACAAUGCUCUUCCUGAGACCAAAGCCUUCCCAAUUCUUCGAGUGAAGCCUCCAGGGCAAUUGGAUGCAUCGCCCACUAAACGGCCACACUCAUCCUACAUUGAUUCAGAAAUCAAAGAGAAAAAGGAAUCGGAUUUGGAGAGCCAAGUAACGUCCCAAAACAAGAGAAAUACUUUUUUUGCCAGCAUGACUGAAGUGUCCUCUGAGCAGCUCUCGCCAUUCAGCUCAUGGUUGACAUCCAGGUCACCUCUUGCUCAGCAACAACAGGCUAAAAAUAAUGAGGACAUCUCAACAAGAAUAAAGAGACAAUCAUCAGGAUCUGACUCCUUUAAUUUGUACAGAAACUGGGAUGAAGAAAGACCUCGAUCAGGCAGUUUCACAGGACUCCUGGAAAAGUCUAAGCCCAGGACUAAAUCAUUCGGGGUAGCUGAAGAGAAAAUUGCAAAAGAAAGAGAAGAACUAAAGAAUUUAACAGGAUCCUUGGAAAAACCUGAAGCCAGAUCUAGAUCAUUUGAGGGGAUAGAAGAUAAAAUUACAAGAGAAGAGGAGAAAGUUAGAAGUUUAACAGGAGUCUUUGAAAAACCUGAAGCCAAGAAAAGCUUGGCUUCAGAGAAAAUCACAAGAGAAAAGGAGGAAGUUAAACGUUUCACUGGAUCCCUGGAAAAACCCGAAGCCAAGACUAGAGAAUUUGGGGGAACAGAAGAGAAAAUUACGAGAGACAGAGAGGAUUUAAAGAGUGUCACUGGACUCUUUGAGAAACCUGAAGUCAGGACUAAAUCAUUUGAGGGAACAGAAGAGAAAAUCACAAAAGAAAAGGAGGAAGUUAAAAGUUUUACAGGAUUGCGGGAAAAAUCUGAAGCCAAAAGUAGACCAUUUGGGGGAACUGAAGAGAAAAACACAAGCAAAAUAAAGGAACUUAAAAAUGUCACAGGAUUCCUGGAAAAACAUGAAGCCAAGAUUAGACCAUUUGGGGGAGCAGAAGAGAAAAACACAAGAGAAAGAGAGGAACUUAAAUAUUUUUCUGAAGUCCUUGGGAAACCUGAAGCCAAGACCAGAUUAUUUGGUGGAACAGAAGAAAAAAUCACAAAUGAAAAGGAGGAAGCUAAACAUUUUACAGAGUUCCUGGAAAAACCUGAUGUCAAGACCAGAUCAUUUGGGGGAACAGAAGAGAAAAUAACAAAAGAAAAGGAGGAAGUUGAAGGUUUUACAGGAUUCUGGGAAAAACCUGAAGUCAAGACUAGACCAUUUGGGGGAACAGAAGAAAAAAAGACAAGACAAAGAGAGGAACUUAAAAAUUUUACUGGAGUCCUUGAGAAACCUGAAGCCAAGACCAGAUCAUUUGGGGGAACAGAAGAAAAAAUCACAAGAGAAAGGGAGGAAGUUAAAAGUUUACAGCCUAAAGGAAGCCCCUUUGCUGCAGACAGAUCCACGGGCUCAUCUCUUCCAUGGGAAAGAAAUCUCAACUAUAAAAAAAUAGAACCAGUGACAACAGCCAAAAACUCACCCUUAGACACGUAUGUCGUAGAGGCAGCGAGAGUGGACGGCACUCCGGAGAUAGUGGAUGAGGCUGUGGGAGCAAAGGAGCUUCCGGAGGAUGAAACAAGGACACCGUUUGGCGUAAAGCUUCGCUCCACAUCGCGCUCAUUCAAGUUCCGCUCUGAAACAGCCUCUCAGCGCCAUUCAGCGACGCUGCUGUCCGAUGACCAAGAUGUCGACACAAAGAAAAGACAGAAAAUGGUCGACUGUUCCAGUCAAAUAUCUGAAAAGAUACUAGCAAACACAAGCAGCUCCCGCAGAUCACCAGAUCCAGCUCCUUUCGGCGUUACCCUUCCAGUCAGGCGCAACACUUCACUUGAAGAAAGUUCUCAAACCACUCCCGUAGAAGUCCAAACAACUUCCAUGCACCUAGGGGUAUCUGAAACUGCCCCCCAGGUGACUCAGCCUAGCUCACAAGCAUCCUCAUCUGAUGUGUCCUGGAUGAGUUUGGCCAUGGAAAAGACCAGGAGUCUCCAACAUCUUUUGACCAGCAGAUUUCAAAGAGAUUUUACUGGCACACAAACUGGAGCUCGGCCUAAAAGCCAAGAAGAGACAAUCACUGGACCUCAGGUGCAGAACCAGACAAAGAUUCAACAGAGCACACCACAGCUAUCAUCAGACAAAAUGAAAGAAGAAUCCGUUCAAAGCAGUGGCGAAGAGCAAGCUGUCAAACCCUCGGCACCAGCAUCGCAAAAGAAGAUGACGCUGAUAACUCAGUUUGAGUCAUGCAGCUCUAGAGACUCUCCAAUCUCUAGACAAAUGAGCCAAGGCCAGAUGCAGCCUAACAGAGCUCAAUCAGACCCUCAGGCCAUCCCAAGAACAACCCACUCUCCAUCACCCUCAUCUCCUCUAAUAGGCAACACGUCUCCAUUUACAUUUACACGAAGGAACGCGCCCCAGUCGCUUGCACAGCCUAACCAAUCCUCUCCCCAGCAGCAAACCUGCUGGACCAGUCAAGGUCUCCAACCUGCCACUCAAUUCAAACAUGUACCUUCAGCUCUGGAUUCAGAACCUGCAGUCACAUCAGCUGCAGCUCCCACUCUUGACUUUGCCUUGGAAAGAAGAGAAAAAGAAUUCAGUGUUCCGAAAGAAAGUCCAUCCCUCGUAAGCAAGCGGGUACUUUGGACUGGAUCAGCGGCCGACAGGGUUGCCUUCAUGGAGAAACGGGCAGAAUGGACAACGCCACCAUUGCUAAAGGAGGUGGAACAGAAGAAAUCUCAAGCACAAAUGCAGACCUCGAGUGACACUGACACUCUGGCUUAUCUUUUCCCUCUAAGCAAAGAUACAAUGGAAAUUAGACAAGUGGCAAAAUCAGCAGAAUCCAGCCCGUCCAGGGUUAUAGAAAAGCCUCCUGAGGACAAAUGGACCCAGAAAAAUGUGGAGUUGCCCUCCUCCCCAUCUUCUUUACUCACUCGUUCAUCAGCGCUGCAUUCUGACAGCAGCCAGCCGUCCUGGAUGGAGCUGGCUAAGAGGAAGUCAAUGGCUUGGAGCGAUAAGAGCACGGGCUAAGAGGGGAACCUGAGAGAUUUACGGGUUCUGGAAACAAGAAUAAGUACUGAUUUGAAUGAGAGAAUAAGAUAAAGGUUGAGUAAAGCUGCCUGGAAGGUGUUGAUCAGAUGUGAUGGAAAAAUUUUACACCGUUUCUAUGUAAUCACAAAGUUUUAUUGUUUUAGGAACAGAAAGAGAGACUCAGUAAAUUAAUUUCAUUAUGAUCCCACGUCAUAAAAAGAUGUUUAUGAAUCGUUACUAAUUAUAUUAGAUAGUUUAUUACUGUAAAAAUGUUUAUGAUAAUCAAACAAACAAAUUUUAUUAGUUUCUCUUAUCGAACAUUUUAUUUUCAAAGAGCUGAGCAAAAAUAAACAAAAGUUAUUGGUUUCUCUAAUUUUAUGUCGAGAAAUUUAACUAACAGCACCAUCUACAGGCAAUGAUACAACAGUCUACCAGAAAGAGAACUUCAUUUUCUUAUCCUAUUUAUAGACCUUGAAUUAAGAAAACUAAUCACAAAUAAGGAAAAGUGAAGAUGGUUAAAAUCUAUUUCAUUGCUUUAUUUUGAAGCUCCAGGCAUUCUGAGCAGAUUCUCCCAUGAUGUCUUUCUUAGACAUUUACAUACAAAAAAGCUGAUGAGAAUCUUAUUAAUAAGAUACAAACCUUACCAUGGUCAGUUAAGAUUUUACAUGGUAUAAAACAAUCUGUCUUUCUCAUACUUUACAUCUCUGAUGAACGAUGUGGUUGUGAUUGAUUGACAUUUUUAUUAUUCAUUAUUAAUUAGCCCAUUGCAUAAUACAUCAGCAGAUUUUAUAAAUUAUAAAUUGCAUUGGGAAAGGAUGUCUAAAAAAAUUUUUCUUUUAAUGUAUAUUUUAAAUUUGGUACUUAAAGUGCUUACCACAAACACGCCUCUUGUGCAGCAUAAAAACAUUACGAGUAUAUUAAAUGACAUUUUGAUGUGUAA